UCAAUAACAUUCAUCCAUCCAUUUUUUUUGAAUAUAUGAUAGCAACAAAUUAAUGUAAAUCAUCAUUCACAAUGCAUCCAUUAUUUGUUGAAGUUUUAAGUAAAAAAGAUCUUAGCCGUGCUGGUGAAUUAUUCGCCAUCGAUGAUCGUGCCAUUGUUAAAGAUCUAUCUGAAUUAUUGGCAACAAUAAAAAAGAUAAGCAAUUCACCAUAUUAUAUUGAUCGUCAUAAUGAUCAAAGUGUUGUUGAAAUUUGUCUAACACGAAUUAUCAGUGCCAUUAGAGAUACGAAUACAAUUGAAGAACAUGCUCGUGCAUUAGUAGCAUUACUUGAAUCAUGUUUACUUUAUAAUCUGAAACCAACAAAUCGUGAUCAGGAUCCACCACAUGCUAAGAUUGCAAGCGAAGUUGUUUCAUUUAUAUUUUUGAAUCAUAGCAAAAAAUCUGUCAUGUGUUUGGCCGUACCAGUUGCUGUAAAACUUCUUCAUAGAGGCAACAAAGAACUUAGUCGAAAUCUAUCUAGCUAUUUAUCAUUGGCAGCCAUACAUAAUGCCGAUCUAUUGGCUCCAUAUAUACAGCCAAUAAUUGAUUCGAUAAUCAGUGGCAAUUAUUCAUUGGUACGAGUAUUAUCGAAAAUCUAUGUGAUCAAUAAGGAACCAAUACAUGAUCAUAUCAUGGCACUUGUUUGCCUUUUACCGCAAUGCGAUACAUCGGAAAAAUCAUCAUUGCUUAAUCUGUUUGCUUUGAUUUCUAAACAUAAACCGUCUAUACUUGAAGAUGAUCUUCAUCAGCUUAGCGAUUGUCUUCAACAUCCACAGACGGCCUAUACGACCAUGCAGAUUUUUCUUGAUAUGGCUCAUCAUAAUAAUAAAAAAUUUAUUGAUUACAUUCCUCGAGUGAUUGCCUCAUGUGAGAUUCAUUCCGGAAUGGUAUCGAUAGCGGCCGAAUUUCUUGGAAUUGUUGGCAAAUUAAAUAUUUCCGAAGCCCAAGAUUGUGUUCGAUUUUUAACAUCACAGCUAUCAAAAUCUGAUCUCGGAACAACAAUAACAUUAUUAAAACAGAUUAAAUCAAUUUCCGAAGUUUAUCCAUCAGUGUUGCCGAACGUUAUGUCCAUUAUCAUUGCACAGACAGAAAAUUCAACAUCAUCGACCGUACAAUCGUAUCUUCAACAAUUAAAUGUGAUCAAUCAGACAAACAAUUCAUCAGCUAAUCGUGUGAAUUCCAAUUCAGAUUCAAUAUCAAGUACAAAUUUGGUCAAUAACCUUGUCAAUUCGGUCAAUAAGAAUUGUUUUCUCAGCAGUGAUAUUUCGAGCCUUAUUACAGCCCAACAACAACAGCAGCAAUCGAGUCGUAGCACAAAUACAAAUAGUAACAUUAGUUCCACCGGUGGAAAACUAGGCGGAAAUAGUGGAUUUCACAUCUGGAAUCGUAGCAUACCAAGAUUACAUGUAGUAAGUGGUGGUAGUCAGAUACAUAAUCAACCACCAUCGAAUGUACAUCGAAGUCUGACAGCAUUGGUUGCAUCAGCCGGUGGUGUCAGUGUCGUUGGUAAUAGUGGAAGUGGAAAUGGCGGUGGUGGUGGUGGUGGCACUAAUGCUGGUGGUGGAUCAUCAUCAUCGAAUACGGCUAGUCGUCAUUACAUAAAUCGUAUGUCAAUCGAAUCAAUGAAUACGACGAAUACACCGUCUAGUUCACAGAAAAGUGCAUCAUCAUCAUAUUUGCUUGCUUUACAAGAAAAAGAACUUGCAUCAAAAAAUGUCAAUUCUUCGAUUGAUUCACAACUUCAGCAACAGAUAUCUGGAUCAUAUACACUUAAAAAUAAUUCAAGUAAAAAUGAAUUAAAUUUCAUCGGUCGAAACAGUGGUAAUGGUGGUGUCGGUACUGGUAGCAUUGUCGGUAAAGAAUUAAGUAAAGCACUUCAUCAUCAUCAUCACCAUCAUCAUCAUCAUCAUGUGAUUUCAUCCGAUUCCAAUUCAUAUUCACCAAUGUCCAAUGCAGCUACUUGUGUAUCGAAUGAUUUAACGUCUAAACAAUCAUCGAAUGAUUCCCGUCAGAUAACUGUUUUCGAACCAUAUCCAAUGCGUGAUGCUGUACAACAUUUUUGUGAAAAACAUAAUGAUAAAAUCAAAACAUAUAUGCAAAAAGUAUUGGUAAAAAUCCCAUUACCUGUUAAAUGUACGAUCGAAGAGAAACGUUCGAAAAAGAUUGCGAAAAUCUAUUUCGCAUGUCAAGCCAAAGGUGAACAUUGUCUUUAUACCCGAAAUUAUUUUGUAAUGAAAACGAAAAAUGCUCGUGUAUGGAUACAUUUAAUGUUUCUAGCAUUACAAGCAAAAGCCAAAUCAUCACUUUGUACACGUGAACCAUCGGUGAAUGCAUUGAAAAAUUGUUGGGAAACCUUAAAGGUGGAUAAUAAAUCAUUUCUUACGUUGGUCACAUCAAAUUUUCCAUCAGCUAAAGAUCAAGAAAUUCUUAUCGAUGAAUUACGUUCGAAUCGUUAUUUUGAUGUUUUUAAAUUUAAUGCCAUCAUGCAAUUAUGGGGCUGUUUUCUGUGCAAUCACCCGGAUAAAGCAACCGGAUUUCUAAAGAAUUCCGAACCAGUUAUAGAAGGACAGUUAAAAGAAAAGAAAGGAAAAUGGAAAUUUUUUCGCCGUUGGCGUACGAGAUAUUUUACCCUUUCGGGAAUUCAUCUAUACCGAGACGAGGUGACCGGCGACAAAGAUGGCCAACCGAUCGAAGUGGGUAAAGUACAGAGUGUUCGUGCCAUUGGUAAUUCACGUGGUCGUACCAUACCGAAAGCAUUUGAAAUAUUUACCAAUGAUAAAACUUAUAUAUUGAAAGCAAAAAACAGUCAAAACAAUCAGGAAUGGAUGCAAUGUCUUUCCAUAGCGAUGGCACAUUCACAAGCCAAAGACCAAUGAAAUAUCGAUAAUAACAUCAACAAUAAUGGCUAUAUAAAUAUCAAUCAUUAAUCUAUAUCUAUCAAUUCAUCAUUUCGAACAACCUUUUGACAAACAAAGGUUUUUUUUAUCAUCCAAUAAAAGCUUUUAUUUAUAUGAAAA